AUGGGAAUGUUUGGAUUGCAUUUCAUCUAUCGAUAUUUUGUUGCUGCACAUUCACAAUAUCAAAAAACUUUCAAUAAUUAUCGAAUUGUAUAUUGGAUGAUGAUUCCAGUAAUCUGUGGAUGUAUUUGGGGAUUCACAACCUAUUUCAUACUUGCUCCUUCGGAAGCAAUUAAUAACUCAUUGAAAUACAAAUUAAUUUCAACAUUUGGUUGGGAUAUCGAAAAUAUUGUUUACGCCGGUUUAAAUUUCAAUGAACUCCAACCAGAUGGGUCACAUUCUAUUGAUUUAUAUUCAUUGUUUGCAGUAAUUGCAGGAUGGACAAUCAUAGUUUCUUCUCUUAUUGUGAUAUUCUAUUGUGGUGUUCAAUGUUAUUUGAAACUAACUUAUCCAAUGAAAGAAAAAAACAAUGUUGUUUCGAAACAAUUCAAAGCUCUUCAAUCUCAAUUGUUUAAAGCAUUGGUGAUCCAAACUGCAAUUCCAGUUAUUCUUAUGCAUUUUCCGGUUUCGACUGUUUUCCUUUAUUCGUUUCUGGGGAAACAAUUAGGAACUUUGAGUGGUAUUUCAUCAAUUACAAUUGCAUUAUUUCCAGCGUUAGAUCCACUUCCAUCAAUGUUUAUUAUCAAAAAUUAUCGAGAAACUAUUUUUGGUGAGAGUGUCGGGUGUUUAUCGAAUUAA